UCUUAUACGACCUAAUUUUUUCAGAAAAGUAGUUAGGAUUAUAGCGUCGUGGAGCUCCGCGUUUAUCUGAUUUGUGUUUCCAUAGCGGGCAUGUUUGUAACAUUAUUAACACUUAAAGAUGGUGUCUACUGGAGAUGUCCAAGGUUGUCUGCGUAAACUGGAAACUCUACUGCGGGUGAUCAAGUAUCCAGGAUGUGUCGACUAUAACGGCCUUUCCAAAGGAGACCCCUCAGCUUUUCUACCAAUAGUGAGCUUCACCCUCACCUCCUUCUCAUCCCCUUUUGCUGAGCAACUAAUGGCGGCUGGACUGGAGCUGUCUGGCAAAACUGACCUGCGAUUCACUGAUGUCCUCUAUAAGGUUCUGCGAGACAUUUUCCAAUAUAAACCUGUACUGACCAAGCAGCAGUUUCUCCAGUGGGGUUUCGCUCAAAGGAAAAUCUCUGUCAUCUGUGACAUCAUUAAUUUGGUCCUUCAGAAACAUAACCAACUGAAGAAGCCCAGAGUCAGACGUGUGACCUUACACCAGGAUGAGAGAGGAGAAACUCAUCCAAUACUGAGUGAUGCAGAUUCUGUGUCCGAGAGGCUGAAUGAUGUAAACUGCAUAGAAACUCCUUCCACCUUUCCCACAAACUCCUCUAAUAAUGAAGUAUACUCCUCCAGUUCUCUUGAAAAUGGGACCAUGGAGCUGACAGGAAGGAAUGAGGAUAAGGAUAACCUUCUUCAUUGGUCAGAAGUGGAAGGAAGGCUGUCAGCACUGGAAGCUCAAGUACAGGGCCUUGCAUCUGGGUUGGACAGGCUCAGCAGUACCCUGGAGAAAUGUGUGGUGGAACUAGCGAGAAGGAGAAACACAGACAAGAAUGAAGACAAAGCCAUUACCAUAUGCAGAGAGAGCUGGGAAAAUGUGAUGAGCAGAAUCCUAUUACUGGAAACUAAACUGUCACUGAGCAAUACACAGUCAAGUGUGCCCCCACCAUGUCCUUCAUCUACCCUUUCCCAUUCUUCCUGCUCCAUGCCUGAUGCUUCAAAGGAGGACCUCAAGGGCAGGCUAGAGAGCAUCACAAACAUGCUGAAGAGCACCUCAAAUCUGUUGAAGGACACAAUACUUCACAGCACCCUGCAAAUAAAUGAUGAUAAAUGAUCGUUUGGGUUAAAUGUAAUGUCACAUUACAACAUUGGCACACUCCUGUCUUAAAGACCUUUAUUAAACCCAAUUCCGCAUUUAUCUACCCAUCAUCUUGCUUUUUUUUUUUUUUUACUAACAAGCUACAUAUAUGUAUAAACAGCCUGAGAAAGAAAUUAUUGUGAAGAAUAAAUACUGUAAGCAUGAAAAUGAAUGCUUGAGCCUCCAUAAUUAAGUGUGGAUCAUGCAAAAUUAAAGAUUAUAUGCAUUUUAGUUUUCACCCCUAUACUAUGUAUGUAUGUGAAGGUGUGUGUUUUAUCUCAAGUGGUCAAGAAUGUAUGGGAAAAAGUAUGUGUUAAAAUUAUCACCGGCCUCCAUUACACACAGUAGCUAGAUACUUGCACACAACUUUAUUUAUUCUAGAUUAACAUUUUACCACAUCAUGGCAUCAGAUGCCAUGAUAACAAAAAAUCAAUGGUUAAGUCUUGAAUUUAUUUCGCCUUUUGUUUUGUAAACCUAAUAAAGCCUUUGUA